AUUUCAACAAUAAUUCCCAUGAUUCAGUUUCAGUUAGCGUUAUAUUAAUUGGAUUUCCAUGAAGCACUGUUUUUUUUAAGAGAUUUGCCAGUAUAUGUUUUCUUAACAAAACAGACUAUGAUUUAUUUUUUCCCGCGUAGAGUUUCCAUUUUGGCUGUUUUAUUCAUUGGCCUUUGACUCUUCUGUACUGUACUUCACAGAUGCACACAUCUUCUUUAUAUUUCUGAGUUUGUAAAUGCAGGUCAGUGUAUGUUUGGGUCUUUGUGUUUGGUGGUCCUACAUUGAUAGCUCAAGAAGUUACCCCAGAUUCAGUGCAGAGCUCUCUGUCCCUGUCUGAUAGAACAAGGGCUGGCGAUGAAGCAGAACAACAAGGGGGGUAACUAAUUGAUAAGGGACAGGAGGUGAGGUGAGGGGAGAAGGAGACUGAUCUUACUGUCAAAUAUGGACGUGUGCAUGUGUGUGUCUUUAAGGGUGUGCCGUUGUUAAGUGACUCACCGUUGUUUGAUUAGGACUCUUUCCCCCUUUUCCGAGCAACACCUACUUUCGUCUCUGUACCAUUCGGAAUAACACGCACAUACCCCUUCUGAGGAAUCACACACGCCAGUCAGCCUUUUGUCUCUUACUCCGGAAACUAAAGACAUGCUUAAGUUUGCUCUUCAAAAACCCAGUCUCCUUUCAUCCAUCUCUUCUGAGAUUUUAAUGAUGUGGAUUCUGUUAACAUACAGUUUAACCAUGCACGCACGCACACACACACAUCUUCUCUUCAAAAUUGUUUUUUUUUCUACUGCCUUUUGUUCUGUUUCUGCUUACAAAUUUAGGAGACAACCAGCACAAAUCAGUUCCUACCAGCUUUGAGAGUGGCAGCGCUGGUAACGUGAUGGAUCAAACCGAGAGCCGUUACAUGUCAAAAGAGUUGUUUUUUUUGGUGAAUAAGCUUUCAUUGGAACUAUAUUAAUAUACAAGUUAUCUAAUGGGUUGUGAUUUGAGUUAGUUACUAGCCCAGUUUAGGCCACCGCAAAGUAAGACUGUCUAAUAUGGCACCUUGGUUGAUUCUGUCAUCUGGUAUUCACCUUGGAUGUCUGUGGCUGGGUAUAUUAUGACUCAGUAACAAUAUGAUUUUGGUUCUUGCGUUAGUUCUUAGGAUGUUCCCAUUGAACUUUUCUGUUUAAUGUGCAAAUGUUUGACGUUGCUUUUUUAAAUAGAGAUCUUUAAUGAUGGUGGCUGAUGGGUAAGGGCGAUCGAAGGACUGUUAUGAACAAACUUCCUUUCCUCAGAGAACGGAAAGACAAUUUUAACUGCUGUACCCUAGUUCCUGAUAUCAGUAGACGGACGAACGUCCCUCCUACCUGUCUAUCAGGUCAAAGGUUAGAACUGUGCCCUGGGUGGCGCAGGCCAGAAAGUAAUGUUAUUCGGAAACUUGUGAUUGCUCUGUUCGGAAAAUCGACUCGUUGCGUUUUGGCGAGAGGGGCGCGUGGGCGAGAUGGGGGGAGGGGUCUCAAUCUCUUUCUGCCUGCCACCAAGCACCCUCUUUUCAUACAACAGGAAGAGAGUGAGUGAGCGAAGUAAAGCGGUAGACAUCCUCAAGGAUGAACGCGUCGCCCCGACUUCUCUGAACCUUGACAGUGAAAGGUUUAUGGAGGGAGAGUGUACGGUUGUCCUACAGAAAGAAAGAGCGAAAGAAAUCGAGGGAAGACUAAAGUGUAGAGACACUGCUGCCAUGACACAGAUACAGAUCCACUUCCAGUCGACGGUCCCUCUGUCAGCCAUGAAGGCUGGAAAGGUGGCGAUGUCUCCAGGAGAGGACGGCCUGAUCGGGAUACCCUUCCCAGAGCACAGCAGUGAGCUCCUGUCCCGCCUCAACGCCCAACGCAGGGCGGGGCUCCUCUGUGACCUCACCCUGACCUCGAGAGGGUCCCGCUACCCGACGCACCGCUCCGUCAUGGCGGCCGUCAGCCUCUACUUCCGCCGGCUGUUUGGCGCCGAGGAGGAGGGGGGGGGGGAGGCGGGGGGCGGGGGAGGGUUUAGCGUGUGCCAGCUGGACUGUGUGGCGCCCGACGCCCUCGACGCCCUCCUGGAGUUCGCCUACACGGCCACCCUCACCAUCCGCAGCUCGGGCAUGAGGGACGUCCUGAGAGGGGCUCAGCUGCUGGGGAUCCAGUGUGUGGCCGACGCGUGCAGGGACAUCCUGGGGGAGACGGGGGGGGGGGCAGACUGGGAGAUGGGAGAGGAGAGGCGGCCGGCGGAGAGGAAGAAAGGCUCCCGGAGGAAGUUGGACAGACGGAGAGUGACCAAGGUGGAGUCCUCGCCCCCCCACCCGGCGCCUCACCGCCUGAGCGUCAACACGCACCCGCACUCCUCCACGCCGUCUCCACAGCCCUCCCCCGCGGAAGACGGGGCCCGCUCUCACCUUCCCACCCAGCCACCCAGCCCCGAGGAGCAGGAGCUGCCACCCAGCGUUGGGCAGAACGGUGAGUGGACGGGGCACCGGGGUACUGGGAGCACAGCGGUCAACGGAGGGAUGGACUGGCCUCGGGAUCGCCUCCUGGCGCCCCACCACGCCGCCCCCUCAGAGGACAGGCUGUCCGAAGACGAGGAGGAGACGGACGGAGUGGGGAACGGCGGGGUGCCCAGCUCGACCUUCUCCUCCCUGGCGGAGCAGCGGGUGGCGGUGGGGGCAGGAGGAGGGGGGAGGAAGAGGAAAUCUCAGACCCCUCAGCAGUGUCCUGUCUGUCAGAAGAUCAUUCACGGAGCAGGGAAGCUGCCCCGACACAUGAGGACACACACUGGGGAGAAACCAUUCCAGUGCACUGCCUGCGGAGUCCGUUUCACCCGGAACGACAAACUCAAGAUCCACAUGCGCAAGCACACCGGGGAGCGCCCAUACCCGUGCCCCCACUGCCCCGCCCGCUUCCUGCACUCCUACGACCUGAAGAACCACCUCUCCCUCCACAGCGGGGCGCGCCCCUUCGAAUGCCCCCUCUGCCACAAGGCCUUUGCCCGGGAGGACCACCUCCAGCGCCACCGCAAGGGCCUGAGCUGCCUGGAGGUGCGCACGAGGGCGCGGCCGAGGCGCGGGGCCGGCGAGGACGGCAGGGCGGCCAGAGGCGGAGGGAGAGGGCAUUCUCCAGACCAGCCAGACCCCCUGGAGAGCCUGCCCCUCCUGCCCCACACGUCGGCAUUCCUCCUCAGGCCUGGGGGGGUGGUCCGAGGGGACGGGCCUGGGGCCGGCCUGCUGGUCCGCCCUGGGGAGGCUGACAGGGAGCGAGGUGUAGCCCUCAUGGGGCAUCACAGGCUACCCUACCCUGACAUGCCCUGGCUAAGCCAGGAGCUGAUAGGGAGAGGAGGGAGAGGAGGGGGAGGAGGAGGAGGAGGAGGAGAGGAGGAGGAGCCAGUCAGAGGGCAGUCUCCGGGUCCUCAGCAUGCAAGAAGGGAGGAAGAGGUAGAGGAGGAAAUAGGAGAAGAGGAGUAACAAAAAGCAAAAGAAUAGAGUGUGUGUGUGUGUGUGUGGGUGUAUUUGCAUUUGCACGUGCAUAAGCGUGUGUUUGGGUGUCUGACACCCACAAUACAUGACAGAUGGGCGUCUCACUCAGGUGAAUGGACCUACUCCCUCUUAGAGAGCGCUUAGAGGGAAACUAAACGAUAAAAAAGAAUGGAAAACGGGUUUUCUGGAAUAUUCUUUGUUUCCUUUCUCUUGAUGUUCUUAUUUCAGUUGUCUUUUAUUUCUAUUUCAGUUGCUAGUUUUAUUCUUUUAUUUUAUUUUAUGUUUGAGAUAUUUUCAUGCUGUGGAUUAUUCUUAUUUGCUGUACAUAAAGAAUAUGCUUUAUUAAGGGAAUGUUUUGCGCAUGUAUGCACAAAUAUUUUACGGUACGGUGAGAAUGUGCUUAUGGGGAUGUGGUGCUUUUCUGUCACUAUGCAAGCUGAAGUCAGGAGCUGAGAAAAGUUAUGAAAAAAGAACAAAUUAUGUUUUAAAGAGUUUUGUAUAACAUAAUAUAACAAAAAAAAAAUUAUGUAAAUACAAACAAUGGAUGAACUUCCAACUAGGCCUACAAAAAUGUUAUUUCAAGUUAUUUCAAUGUAGUAAGUAGAUAUGGAAUCUGCUGUUCCACUUUGGGUGUAAUGUACUACCCUCUAGUGGUUUUUGUUGGAACUAGUCACCAAUUGAAAAAGUCAAACGUGUCCUAUGAAAAAUAGCCAUUAUCUAACUGUAGCAGUCUUAUUUUCCCUCUGUUGUCAAGUUGUGUUUCAUGCCCUUCUUUUUAAGAGGCAUUGAAUGAUACCAAAGAUUUCUGUUGAUUUUCUUCCUUAUCAAUCUGUUUGGGACUAUAGCCAUAGAUGGAGAAGGCUCUGAAAGAGCGCUGGGCUCUGCCAGAUAAAGAUGGAUUAAAGUAACAGUCAUGAUUUGUCAUCUUCUGUAGUUAGAGAGUGGUUGAAGACUUUCCCCAUUAUGCUAGAUUCUCUGUUAAACUUUAUUGCUCUUGACCAAAAUUAGAUUUUGUCUGCAGGGUCAGCUGAUGAUUGUCGAUGAGAGGUUGUUUCUUUAGCAUUUCCAUUUUACAUGGAUAGUGAUCAUUCCUUUCUUAAGUCUGCUUAUUUAGAAAGUCUUCCACCCAUGUACUCCCUGUUUUUUUCAGUUGAUUGUGAGAAAAGAGAAGAGCGAGCAAGAAGGAAGGAGGUUAGAUUGAAAGACCUCUCUCUUCAUCUCCCACUGUAUUUAUUUAUUUAUUGAUAUUUAUUGUGGCUUUCCAGGGGAACUGUGUGUAGCUUGACCCAGCGUUACAGCACAGACCCAUUGACCACUUUCUCAGCCCCUCCUGGCACGGCUCAAGUGAUUCCUACCUUCUUUCUUUAAGUCUUAAGAGGAACUGUGUAGUGCUUUAAGUGUCGGCUCUGAACACCCACUGCCCCUUGGGUUACAGCUCUUCUAGUUUUUCUCCUCAUGCAUUGGUUUUGCACGUCACACCCCAAAAAGAUACUGCAAUAAUCAGGGAUGGAGCCAGUUCCAUUUCAGUUCCAGCCUACUCUGGGAAGUACACUGAAACUCCCAUUCUCUUCAACACUUUUCAUUGAAGCAAACUUGGAUUGAAUUGGAUUUCAGUUUUCUUUCUGAAUUGACUGGAAUUACUAUGCAAUUGACCCCAGUUCUGGCAAUAAUACCGGCACAUUCCAUCCUCUGGGGUAGGAUAAAGGGAUCACAGAAGGGAGAGGGCACCACUUUCUCUCUUCAGCACAAGACAAUUGGUGCAACAUAGCCGUUAGAUUAUUUCAUUCAUGGAGAUCAGCAUCAGCUGUACUGAACAUACUUUUGUGACCUGUCAAGUCACGGAUGGAGCCUGUCUCUGGUAGACCAGCAGUCAUGUUAGGUGGCCCGUUGCAGGAAAGGUACUGCUUUGCAUACAGAUAAUCAAAUUCUUUGUAGUCAGUCACACUUUAAGUGAUAGUGAGUUUUUAUUUCAUUUGCAACUCUUUUUACAAGGGCAGUAGUGUACUGGACCCAGGUGUGCUAUCCAUUCCAUGCCAUGUGUAGAGGAACAUUCCCUGUUUUGGAUUUAUUUGCACUAAAAUAAUGAGAGCUUUAUGUUUUUGUUUCACCUCAUUAUCCAUUCCAUGACUUCACUCAGCAUCGUUUAUGAUUGUAGGAUAAGAUAUCUAUUGAUCCUUUAAAUUAUUGAUAAGAACAUUGGUCUAUAUCCUUUCUACUGAAUUGCAUAAUAAUAAUACAAUUAUAAGAAUGAUGAUUGAGAUAUUUCUAUGUAAAGGGGUGAAGCUGCCUUGGACCUUUGUGCUGCAACUAUUCUCAGGAAGUCUUGAGCAAUGCACUAAGUAAUUAUGCAAAAAUGUUGGGGAGAUAUGCUGUGUAUGUGUGUAGCUUAUGUACAUAUAUAAUUGUUCAUACAUGUGUGUGAAGGGUUAGUGUUCGUGACGCCUUUCACUCAGAAGUAUGGUUUGAAUAUUACCCCUACAUGCCUAUGUAAAAGUAUGAUCGAAGCAUAACCAGAUAGGCAAGAUAUUAUUUUCACGGGUAAAUCAUGAGAGCUGUAGCAUACACAUUGAAACUGCACAUGAAGGGUGUUGCUAUCAGCAGUAAGAGAACUUGGUGAGUGAAUGAGAGAUAUGCCAGCUGUGAAGCAUUGUGUGUUUCUACGUGACUAAGUUUUCUUUGUUUUUGGCUUGGGUGUAGGGAUCUGGGGUUUCUGUUAUGAAUAGAAACCUUGCUAUCAGGGAUACAUUUUGUCUUUCUGUUCUUAGUGGAUCUUCUUUCUGAGAUAUUCAUUUUCCCAUAGUUUUGUUUGAGAUAAUGUAAAGAAAACUGAUCAAUAAACAAGAUAUCUAUCGCUG